CUACAAGCGGCCGAAAGGAAGGAAGGAAGGAAGGAAGGAAGGAAGGAAGGAAGGAUGGGGAGACGGAGGCUGCGUUGGUCACGCUGCAGGAGCUCUGCUUAAGGACGAAAGAAGCCCCGGGGAGCCCUGCAGGAGAGGGCCUCUUAUUAACAGCACAGGAAAGCUGAAAGCUGACAUCCCCCCCUGCAGCACCUCUACAGCACUUCCUGGCACUGACUUUGCUGGUAAUAUUUGUGGCAGAUCCUGGAUAUCUAACUAACAGAUUACGGAUUCAAAUGUAGCAGCUUCAGUCACACAGUCUCAAUUGAUGCCCGGCUGCGCCUCUAUUCCCACCUUGCACGGGACGCCAACACAACGCUGCAGCCCAAACAGCCAAGACAGAGGGGCCGUGAUCCGCGAAGCCACCUGAGGCAGACUGGAAGCAUACGGCGUGCAGGAACAACACUUUGCUGCCAAUAAUUAGCACAAGCAUGAGUAUCAAUUGCAAUUUUUCUUGGUUAGGGUUUGGCACCCUCAAAGUACUUUUCCUGUAAAUAUGAAUGAAUAGACUACUGUUAGAGGUACAAUUUAUUGUCAGAUUGUUAGUUUGUUAACCAACAAUGUAACACUCUCCACCGCGGUGGAUUAAGGUUGAGGGUGAAUGAAGAGGCGUGGGAACAAAGCGCUUACAUUCUCAGGGACUGGUCGUGCUGUUCCCAUUUUUAAAACUCAACAUGAGUAACCUCGAUGGCGAGCUCACUCAGAGGGAGCAGCAGUUACUGAAAAUCCGGCGCGACAGCGACACCAAGGCAGCCGAGCUUGUCAAGAUGGAGAAGAUGCUGCAGCAGACCAAGAACCUUUUGGACAAGAAGACGGAGAGCGGUUCAGAGAGCCAGGACUUCCAGGAGAACAUGGAAGACCUGGAGGAAAGAGUAAGAUCCAGCAGACGGCAAAGGAGGAACUCCCUCCAUCACACACAGAUGCUGGAGAGCCAGAUGAAGACUGUGAAGGGCGAGUUGGUGGGCACGCUGGACCACCUCCAGGAGCUGAGGAACGUCUUGCGCCGCUCGCAGCAGAAAGCGGAAGAGCGCAAAGCCACCAUGGAGAAGCUGGCGGCGGGGCUCAGGUGAAGCGCGGCGAGACGAGGCUUUGGCCUUUUUGCACGCUGACGCCGGGCAGAGAUGACAUCAAACACCCGUAGGCCACUGAACGCGAGGGAAGAGACGUGAGCUGCUGCGGUGAGGCCAUUGUUUGGCAUCCAACGUUCAGACUUUGGUCGUGCUCUCUCACAAACGUCUGAGGUGGCUUCUUCAUCCUUUUAUCCUCCCUUUAUUGUCCUGUUAUUAUUAAUACAAUAUUUUGAAGGCUAAAUGUCGAAACGCUUUUGAUGUCCUCAGUUUUAAAAUACAAUCAAAUACACAUCAUUUUUUUCUUCUUCAAGUCUGAAAUAUGCAGCUUUAGAAGCAACAUAUACUCUGAGCAGCUGUCAUGAUCAUUUGUGUUUUUCUGGCUUAGCAUGUCCAUUCGUUUAUGACAGGAAAGAGAUAACAUAGAUCCCCUCCACGUUAUUGACGCACUUUUAAUGAAUUCCUCCCUGCCAAUAAUAACAUGUGUGUUGUUUUUUGUAAUCUAAAUCUGUAACCAUUUUAGAACAAAAAAAAAGUGGAUUUAGUCUCCUGGCCCAUGCAUGCACAUGUUAAAAAUAGCAACAUAAAUGCCCAUUUGUGUGGGCGUAAGUGGGGAGUAAAAUGUGUCUUUUAAAUGAACUCUUUUACAAUGUAUCGUCGGGAGUGCACAAAUAAACAAUCCUGACCAUUAAAUGGUGGAGGAAAACACUCAGUGUUUCGACUCGCUCCGGGGUCAUUGGCUUUUGUCUGUUUCCUGCGGUGAGUCAGCUGAAAAGUGUGUUUGUUCCUUCCCUGUGGCUGAGCUGUGAUCACAUACAUCUUGUUAAGCACCGCUUGAUUCACACAGCCUGACAUCAUGUGAGACUUUUCUUCACAGACCCUGACCCGUAGCUGUAAUUAUAACACCAUGUCAAGGGGAAGACUGCUCAUUACCCACAGCCGAGGGCGUAAAAAUAGACACCCUCACUUUCAAGUCUCUCACAAGGGACUCAUUCUGCCAACUCCUAAGGACACUGGGGGGUUUACAGGGGUUUUGGUGUAUGAGACGCAUCUCUGUCAGGUUUCCUUUGUGUGCUUAUUCUUCAUUGACCAACAAUAAACAAAAGAUGCAAUUAAAGGAGUGAUAUACAACCAUG